AUGGAUGUGAUGGAGGAUCAGUUUUGCAGCCGCGCAUUUAGACCCUGUUUGGUUCCAAUAAGUCAGCCAUGGCCACCACAUGCUUGCCGCUGCGUCGAUGGGGAGGGGCCUCCUGGGACUGCAGAACGCCGACAGGGCAGAAAACGCUGGUACUCCUACAAGGCAGGAAACGCCGCCGCCUUGGGCAUCCAGUCGCCGCGCCCAGGGCUUCAGUCGCCGCGCCCAGGCAUCCAGUCGCCGCACCCAGGGCUUCAGUCGCCGCGCCCAGGCCUCCAGUCGCCGGGCGGCGAAGCUCCUACCGGCCAUGGUGGAGACCGGGCGGCGAGCGGAUCCAGGCGGAGGCGAGCGGAUCCGGGCGGCAGCGUGCUGGAUCGGAAGGAUUCCGGCGGGGGCGAGCUCGUGAUGGAGGGCGGCGGCGGCGAGACCUGGGGUGCGCGGUGGGGAGGGAUGGGGUGCGCGGUGGGCGAGUCCUGGGGAAGUAAGGAGGCGGCACGGUUGAAGCGUCAAGGGAGUGAGGAGGCAGCGCAUGGAGCAGAGGAAGACGAUCACGUACAAGGGCAGAGGAAGACGACUGUCGAGGAGACGCAGGACUUAUCCAAGAUGAGUGAUCCAUGUGUAUGCUGCCAGAUCAAGCUAAAGUUUCUAAGCCAGAUCAAUGGCAACAACAUGCAUAGCCUGGUCAUACCAGAGUGGUUUGUGAACCAAUUUGGAGGAAAGAUGUGGAGAACCGUCAAACUAGAGUCCCCUAAUGGUAUUGUCUAUGAUGUUGGAGUUACCGAGUAUAUGAACCGAACAAUUUUGAAGUCUGGAUGGGCAUCAUUUGUUCAUGCCAAUAAAAUAGAAGAAAGUUAUUCAUUGAUGUUUCGUUACCUUGGAAACGCCCGCUUCAAGGUUACACUAUUCGAUUCUAGUGGUAAGCAGAAAGCGUUGUGCUGUACAAGGAUGGGAACUGCUUCUAAUGUUAGAAACCCAAGCACAUUUGAUGUGGAUAAUUCUAGUAGUUCUUAUGGUGGUACUACUCGGUUUUCACCAAGUGAAAGAUCAGAUUCAGAUGAAAGGCAAAAGGAAAGAUCAUAUGGUUAUAAAAAAUCAGCAAAGAUGGCUGCAAUAUCUUAUUCUUCUGAGGAAAUAUCAGCUGAAGACAGUCUAUCUGGAGAUAAUUCGGCGUCGAAAGAUGAUCUACAGAUGCAUUCAAAUAACUAUGUCUUAUCGGGGUGGUGCUAUAUUACAGAGGCACAGAAGGUGAAAAUACAUGCACUUGUAGAGAAGAUUCGACCUAAAAUUCCAGUGCUUGUUCUACAGAUGAAGAAGACCAGCACAAACCUUGGUAAUCUGGUAAUACGUAAGGACUACGCACUCAAGUACUUCCCAUGUGAAGCUACAAAUAUCAUACUCCAGGUGCCCAGGAAGAACCAGAAAUGGAAGGGCAGAUUUAAUGCAGGUCGGCGCACCCUCUAUUUGUACAACUUUGUCCGUGACAACUGUGUUGAAGAGGGAGAUAUCUGCCUCUUUCAGCCAAUACCAAAGGUUAAGGAAGGAAGAUUCACUGUAAUUGUUCAUCUGCUUCACAAAGCGAGCAUUGGUCAUUCCCCUGGUGGAAGAGCAGAUAUGGCACACACGGCUACCGACAGAAAGACAAGUGCAAAGACGGCAUUAACACCCUGUGUUAAGGAGGAGCCAGCUACCGAAGGUGAAGAGAUCUCAUCUUCGGGAUCUGAAGAUCAUGGAGCCUGUGCAAAUUCUGAGGAAGCUUCCGAACUCCCCAUCAUAAUGCCAAACAGACCCAUUUUAACGCCAGCACAGGAGAAGAGAGUGCGAGAGAAAGUGGAAGCCAUUGAUUCAGAAUUGCCGAUUUAUGUCGCGGUCAUGAACAGGACCAAUGUUCGCCAUGGCAUCUCUGGCUGCAUCCUUGUCUUUCACAGGAAGUAUGUGUCAAGGUAUCUAGAAAAGAUUUACACUGGCGGGCAUCACGGAGUGAAGAGCAUGAUCAAUCUGGUGCUUCAGCGGGAGGGGAAGAGCAGGAUGUGGGACACGGAGUUGCGACGCAUGACUGAUCGUACGAUUAUCCAUAAAGGAUGGGCGUCUUUCGCCCGUGACAACCACCUUCGGGAGGGUGACCUCUGCCUCUUCAAGCUAAUGGGGAGCGUGGAGCUGCCAAAGAUGAUGGUGCACAUCAUUCGCCGUGAGAAGUGCUUACAUUGA